AUGCGGGAAACUCGUUUCUUGCAUUCGUCACCGACGCCCGACGGUGCCGCAGUUGGCUCAUCGCGAUAUUUGGACGAACAGGAUGUACCCGCUUUUUUUAUAUCGGCUAUACUGUGGCGGCGCUCCCCUCUCAUCAAUGUAGACGCGUCGACCGUUCGAACGAUAGAGGGUCGCGAUAAAAUGCGCGAGUCGUGUCCUCUUAUGGCUUCCCCGCUCUCGAGUGAAAAAGCUAGGAUCGCAUUCCACCGAAGGCGCUCCGGCGAUAUUACAUCCGCCCUCCGCGGCGCUCCGAUCGCCGGGGACGUGCAAAUAACCCCU